AUGAAUGGAACAGAAGGUAUCAAUUUUUAUGUGCCUCUUUCCAACAAGACAGGGCUGGUGCGGAGCCCCUUUGAAUAUCCCCAGUAUUACCUAGCGGAGCCCUGGAAGUACAAAAUGGUGUGCUGCUACAUCUUCUUCCUCAUCUCCACUGGGCUGCCCAUCAACCUCCUCACCCUCCUUGUGACCUUCAAACAUAAGAAGCUACGACAGCCGCUCAACUAUAUCCUGGUUAACCUGGCGGUAGCAGACCUCUUCAUGGCCUGCUUUGGCUUCACGGUCACCUUCUACACAGCCUGGAAUGGCUACUUCAUAUUUGGUCCCAUCGGCUGUGCCAUUGAGGGCUUCUUUGCAACACUGGGAGGUCAGGUUGCUCUCUGGUCACUGGUUGUUCUUGCCAUAGAGCGCUAUAUCGUGGUCUGUAAACCAAUGGGAAACUUCCGCUUCUCUUCCUCCCAUGCCUUGAUGGGCAUUGCUUUUACUUGGGUUAUGUCCCUAUCCUGUGCAUGUCCACCCCUUUUUGGUUGGUCCAGAUAUAUACCUGAGGGGAUGCAGUGUUCCUGUGGCCCAGACUACUACACCCUCAACCCUGAUUACCACAAUGAGUCCUACGUUGUCUAUAUGUUUGUCAUCCACUUCGUUAUCCCCGUGGUGGUCAUCUUCUUUUCCUAUGGGCGGCUCAUAUGCAAAGUCCGAGAGGCAGCUGCUCAGCAGCAAGAGUCUGCAAGCACCCAAAAGGCAGAGAAGGAAGUUACCCGCAUGGUGAUCUUGAUGGUGCUAGGUUUUAUGCUUGCCUGGACCCCCUAUGCCGUGGUGGCAUUCUGGAUCUUCACCAACAAAGGGGCAGACUUUUCUGCUACGCUCAUGUCAGUGCCUGCCUUCUUCUCAAAGAGCUCGUCCCUCUACAAUCCCAUCAUCUAUGUCCUCAUGAACAAACAGUUCCGUAAUUGCAUGAUCACCACAAUCUGCUGUGGCAAGAACCCCUUUGGGGACGAUGAUGUCUCAUCAACUGUAUCCCAAAGCAAAACUGAGGUAUCCUCUAUCUCCUCCAGCCAAGUGUCACCUGCAUAG